GGCUCUUCUCCGUAGACAGCCAGCCUCCCUAGUAGCAGUCAAAAACUCAUCAGGAAAAAUAACAAAAAAGGUAUUGUUGACAAAAGAGGUUGCAGUCGUCGGAACGAAUAAUCAGAAGUUUGCAGUUGGUUACAAUGUUAGUGAUGAUAAGAGAAGCAGGAGGAAGAAGAUGAUAACAAUGAAGGAAAGGCAACAAACAGAGAAGGGGGGAAAGGGAAAGUAUAAACAGUCUUGUCACAGCCACAUUCAUAGCAUCUUAACCACUGGAUGGGCGGAAGGAUUGUUUCAGCUUGUUUUAGUAUGGAAUACUUAGAUGGUUAGACGGGGGGGGAGGCCUCAGGGAAUAGACCUGAAAGAGCCAGGAGGAAUAUACAGGAGAUGAAUAGGUAGAGUGCCAACCCGCCGAUGGACGACCAUAACUGGUCCAUAACAAAUGUAGCAAGAAGCAAUAGACAGGCAGCAGCAGCAGUGGUGGUGGUGGUGGUGGUGAUUGUAGGAGUAUUCCAGGAGGAGUAUAAGCAGGAGGAGCAUUUGCUUACAGGCACUCACCACGACCACCACGACCACUACCACUACCACUACCACCACCACCAACCAGCAGCAACAGCACUCACUCACUGUCAUUCAUCCUCUUGACUAUCAACCUAUCCAUUCUUUCUUCCGCUUCCCUCCUCUUUCUCUUCUUUCAUCAUCCCUCCAACGUGAUAACCUCCCUUUUCUCAAGGGACUCUUCUACUGCCGUGAUUCCUCUACUAAACUCAUCUUCUGGGUUUAUUUUUUCAAUUCUAGACUCUUUUGUUUCCUCUACAGCCCUUCCCCCCACCCCCUUCUCUCCCUCCCAUAUUUUAAUCCGCGCCCGUUGCGCCUACUCCCGUGCACC